AUGUACCGCGAAGUGUCAGAUGUGGAGGGAGUGUUCUCGCGGCGAAUGUCCAGUAAUUGGGCCGAGCUGCCCCAAACACUGCGCCGUCGCCAAAAGCACCGUCCCGAAAUCCUGAACCAAUUCACGGACAAUUUUGACUCUCAGGAACCAGAGUUCCGAAAAAAUGAGUCUCAGCCCCCGAUGGACGUGCGAAGAAUAGUAAAGCGCUCAGAAUUCUUACGAAAAUUUGAGAUGAACGAAUCGGAGCAUAAAAACGAUUCCUGCUGGGACCAACGCUCCGAAAAACGAUUAAUCUACAACGACUACAAAAAGACCGACUUUGGUCCUAAAUUUUUCUCGAGAGUCAACCCGAAUUUUCCCAGCAUGAUGAUCAGAAACGAGUACCGCAGUCUCUCAGACGAAGAACGGAAAACAAAUUCUCCUGAUAGUUUGUUAGUUAAAUCCUCAGAUUCGGACUCUAGUAGCGACGAAUACGGGCACACAGACGAUUCAGGAGCAUUUCUUGAAAAUGACAAACUAAAUGCCGGUCAAAUUGGACAACGUGGUCGCAUUGCAAAAUUAUUUUCUCGAGAAGAAAACACUAAAAAAUCUUCCAGCAAAGUAAACAGCAGCGUUAAACAUCAGGAACAAAUUUCAAACAGAAAGUCUUCGAGCAGCGAAUCGCGGAAGUCUGUGAAAGAUGCCCAACUGGUCACGAACAAGAGUUCCGAUCAUCUCGAGGAAUCUCGAAGGAGCACUUCCUCGUACGAGUACGAAAACAUUCCAAGGAUUGAUGUCUCAAAGGUUCUUGGCGAGCAACCAAAGACGCGUGGUACUAAUACUGAUCGUAGGCACCCGACUAUUGAAGAAUUAAGAAUGGAGGUCGGGUGUCAACUCAGGAGUCGUAAUUCUUACGAACCUCGUCAGGAAAAUCACUUAAGAAAAAUUAGCUUACAAGGUUCGAAUUCUCCGGUUUCAUUAUCGAGUUCUUCGCCUCCGGGUUAUUAUAGUAAUAAUAUUAAUAAUAACAAUAAUAAUAAUAAUAAUAAUAAUAAUAAUAAUUGCAAUCGAUCAUCGAUGGAAGAGCUGAGGCUCGAGGGGUUCAUUCAGGACAUGUGUAAGAUGGAGCAAACUAAUAAUAAUAGCAAUGGGAACCGCGUUAAUGGUGAGAAGAAAAAAUCAAAAAUGGAAACAAUCACCGAGGAGAAGCAAGACGGAAGUAAACUAAGUGUUAGGGAAAUUCUCAAGAGAUUCGAGGAGCUGAGAAUGCAAAAUGAAGCCCAACAACAACAGCAGCAGCAACAGGUUGAAGAAAAAGAAAAAAGUGGAGAUAAAACGCUUACUACUAUUCAGGAAACACUGCAGAAAUUGGACGAGAAGGUCAAGCGAUCGAGUAACCAGGUUGACCAAAAACCGCAGCACAAGACCCAUCACGAGAACCACGUCUCGCAGAUUACGAAAUCGAUCCAGUCUCAACCGAGCUACGGGAAUAAUAACAGUAAUAAUAACAAUAAUAAUAACGUCAGUCACAACAAUCAAAUUCACAAUCAAUCAAACCACGUUAACCGGGAGACAAAUCACUCGCCCGUAAACCGAGUCCCGGGGGGUCACACGUCCCCAAUAGUACAGGCAAAUGGCGGAAGCAACCACAACCAGAAAAACCACCGCAACAGUCAGCAUCACGGCGGCCAAAAUCAGGAAUGGCGGCAGCCUGAAGAAACUAAUAAUAAAUCCCCCGAAGAAGAAUUUUACGAGUGCGGACCGGUUGUUAAUGAUGGAAAGCACUCACUACUUCAAUAUGCCAUGUUAAAUUUCCGGCAGAGCACUGAAAAGUUCGAGAUGAUGAAGACCGCUGAUGGAUCGAUAAGUGGCUCAUUGAAGGUCAUCGAGUCCUUAAAGAACAAGAAGAAGAGCAAGAAGAACAAGGGCCAGCAGGACGGUGCCGAGUGGACUUGGAAAGAGCAAGUUGAUCUUGUUAAAUUUUCACCGGUCCCUAUCGAGCAGAGUCUCCUUAGAUUGGACACAGAGCUUAGUUCACUUGCCGUCGAGUGUUUCUUGUGUCUUAUGAGGUACAUGGGUGAUCAACCAUUACCCCCGGACAUGAGUGAAGUCAAAUGUGUAUAUACGAUACUCAUGCAUUGCCACAAAUUUGAACCAUUACGAGACGAAGUGUUCUGCCAGCUAAUGAAACAAACGACGAACAACAAAAGCCCAAACCCAGAUAGCUGUCAACGCGGCUGGCGAUUAUUCAGCAUUGUCGCUGCUUACUUCACCUGCAGCGAAGGACUAAGACCUUACUUGAUAAAAUACCUAGAAACUGCGGCGUACGAUAAAAGACGGGCGUAUCACGGAACCGCGACAGUCUGCCUUCAGAAUUUGCGAAAAACCGUAAAGUACGGCGGGCGAAAAAACGUGCCCAGCGUGGAAGAAAUAAUGGCCAUCAGCGCGGGAAGAAACGCGAAGAGACAAAUAUACAGACUGCCUGGUGGUACCGAGAGAGUCAUUAACACCAAGUGUACCACUGUUGUUCAAGAUGUCAUUGAGGAAAUGUGCAGCGUCAUAUCCGUGAGAAAUCCACACGAAAUGGAUGAAUUCUCGCUAUAUUGUAUCGUCGACGGUGAUGCUUUCACGAUGCCUUUGGCGCGAGAUGAAUAUGUCCUUGAUGUUACCACCGAAUUGCAAAAGAAUCAUCAAGUAUUUUAUUUGAUAUUCUGCAGAUCGGUGUGGUAUUACCCUUUGAGACUGGACGCAGCUUUGUACAUAGAGGUUGUUUUUAAUCAAAUUGCACCAGAUUAUUUGGAAGGACUUUUGCUAGUUAUUCCUGAAGAUCAUUUACCCCAAGAAGUUAUUUACGAUAUGGCUCAAAUAGCUGCUUUAUUGCACCGAGCAGCGGAUAUGGCCCACGAUCCAUCAACUAAAGAAAUAAAAUACUUAUUACCAAAACCCGCGCUCAGCUUACGAGAGCCUAAACCUCAGCAAUGGGGUAGUAUGGUCCAGCAAGCGUGGAAUAAUAUUCAACACAAUACUCCUGCUGUUUGUAAAGCCCAAGUUCUAGAAAUUCUGUCGAAAUGGCCGCUAUUUGGAUCGAGUUUCUUCGCUGUAAAAAGAAUACCAGAAAACGGCAAAGAGAAAGGAGGAGAUCACAUUCUAGCCCUGAAUAGACACGGUGUUCACUUUAUCGAUUUAAUGACACACGUAACGUUGUAUCAUUAUCCUUUCUCGGAAGUAAUAUCGACGCGUAAAGUUAAAUCCGAAGAAGGAGCUCUUUACCUGGACAUGAAAUGCGGUAAUUUGAUGCAGCAAAGAAUAACAAGAUUGCAAACAGAACAAGCGCAUGAAAUUUCACGCCUAAUCCGACAGUACAUUACAAUGGAACAGCGGACAACGAAUAAUCAAACAACCGGUCUCUCUUACGGCUGGAAAUGA